CGGGGCCGGAGGGGGUGAUGGAGGGGCGGGAAGUGGAAGGUUCGGGGGUGCCCGCCAUGGCAGCGCGUGAGGUGACCGCUGCGGGGUUGUGAGUCUGUGAGGAAAGGUGUGAGGUGUGGUCUCGCCCCGGCCCUCUGGGCGCGCGGAUCCUGGGUUUUGAUAGUACGUUUGUGUGUGUGAGGCCCAGAUUGUGUUAUUGUGUAUGUGUGUGGUUGUAAUGUGUUUUCCAUGUGUGUGUCACCCAGUUUUUGUAGUUGUGCGCCCUUGUGUGUGUGUGCCCCAACUUUCUCGUUGUGUCCAUUGGAAGGGGCAUAGAUCUUGAAUUGUAUGGUCAUGUAUAUUUGCUUAGUAUCUGCACCUGCUUGUCCAUGAGUGUAGAGUACUUGCAACAGAGAUGGUACAGCCCCACAAAACCUAAAAUGUCCACUACUUAACGCUUUAGGGCCCAGGUUUUGUGGUUCUGUCUUCUACGUGUGUAUGUGUAACCACUAGUAGUGAAUGUGCGCUUGUGUAUAUGUGUGACACCCCGUUUUUGUGAUGUGUGCACCUGUGUGGGAAACCACUGAUGAAUGUGUAUGUUUAGUCCAUGGCUACAACAGUGCAAUGGCAGAAUUCAGUAGCUGGAACAGAGAUCUUAUGAUCUACAAAACCUAAAAUAUUAUCUGACUCUUUAGAGCUCCGUUUUGGUGGCUGUAUAAUGUGUGUGUGUGUAUAAGGCUCAGUUCUUGUAGUUGUGUAUGGGAAACUACUGUGUGUGUGUGUACCUGCCUGUGUGUGGAGACUCAGUUUUUGUGGCUAUUAUAGGUGUGUGUGAGAGGGAAAUCCAGGGCCUAUAGUUUUACCACUGUGACUCAGUGAGUGAGCAAGUUGGGGACAAGGUAUUCGGGUGAAUGUGUGAGGAACAAGUUUUAGUUCCAUAUUUCUAUGAUUAGAUGGUAGAAAGAAAAAUAUCAGCUAUCAGGUAUUUAGGGGUUUCAUUAUUAUUACUGCUAUCACCACUAUGACUAGUAGUAAUACCUGAUUGCUGACUCUGGUCAAAGUUGUUUCAACAAAAAUCUCCAGUUUCCAGGUGUAAACUGAGGUUCAGAAAUGUUAAGUAACAUACCUAACAUAACAUAGCUAAAAAGGGUUAAGGCUGAUUUUGAAUCCAACUCUUUCUGACUCUAAAGCCCCUUCUCAUUCUACCUAGGGUGUGUUCCUAGGAGCAAGUUUUUUUGUGGAGUGGGAGAUUAUUCUGAGUAUCUGGUAGUACUAGAACAAGGGGUGCGGCCAAGAUAGUCAAGAAACCUCAUAAUAAACCUGUUACUUGGCAGUUUCUUUGGUGUUUUCCUUAAACUGCCUCCCAAGAGUGGAUGUCUGGAGUCUUUCUGCUGUUUAAGGGGACUUUGGUGGGAAAGUUUGGGGAGCCCUAAACUGAGGGAAAAGUUUUAUGCAUCUAGAAACCACAUGGCCUAGUGCAAAGACCCCAGAGUGCUGAGAAUCAGAUAUCUCAGAUCUUGAUCAGGCCCUGUUUUGCCCAUUCUCUUGAGUGAAGCAACCUUCUCCCAAGAUGCCCAUGAGGCUUCUAGGGCAUUUCCUCCGUUUAGGGCUCCCCAUCAAGUUUGUCUUGGAGCCAGUUCAAAAUUGAGGCCGCCUUGGAUUUGAUCAGACCCUCUCUAACCUCCAUGACCUCUGGUGAUGUCCUGAAACCAACAUUUGCUGUCUGAGAAGAUGAGAUCUUGCUUUGUUGUCUGGGCUAGAAUGUGGUGGUGUCAUCAUAGUUUGCUGCAACCUCAAACUCCUGGCCUCAAGUGAUCCUCCCACUUCAGCCUCCCAAAUGGCUAGGAUUACAGGUCUGGAGGUUAAAAGUCCAAGAUCAAGAUGCCAGAAGGAUUAGUGGCUGGUGGGGGCUCCCUCUUUAGGAUGCAGACAGCUACCUUCUCAUUGUGUCCUCAAUGAUCUUUUCUUUGAUUUUCAGAAAGAACCUUGCAAGGGGCUCAGAGCUUUGUGCUGGCCAUUGAGGAGAUCAACAGAGACACCAGUCUGCUUCCCAACCUCACCCUGGGGUUCUCCCUUCGGGACUCCAAGGACAUGGAGUCUGUUGGUCUUCAGGAGACGAUAUACCUGGUCUCAGGUCACAAGUACCCCAUUCCUAACUAUAACUGCCAGGCCAGCCCUUCUCUGGCAGCAGUGAUUGGAGCGACACGGUCAGCUGUCUCCAUCCCAAUGGCAAGAUAUCUGGGACUUUACAAAAUUCCCCAGGUGAGUUAUGCAUCCAGUGCAAUCAAGCUCAGUGACAGGACCCAAUUUCCAUCCUUCUUCCGGACUAUUGCCAGUGAUCAAGCCUACUUCAUGAGCCUGAGCAUGGUUCUGACUCACUUUGGGUGGAAGUGGCUGGGUUUGGUGGCCCAGGACGAUGAAUAUGGCCAGCAGGGGGGUAACUUGAUCAGUGCUGAGUUGUCAAAAGUCAAGGUGUGCCUUGAGUUCAGUGUGACAUUUCCCACAUACCCAUCCAAUGUACAGAUUUCAAACACCAUGAGGGUGUUGAAGGGAUCCACUGCCAAGGUCAUCAUGGUCUUUAUAACCAGUGGGAUCUUCUGCCUGAUGUUACAGACUUUCUCAGAACAUUAUGUGGCAGGGAGGCUCUGGGUCAGCCAGUUUACUGAGCAGAGUGAUCAUACCAUCACAACGCCUAACACCCUCCAGAUUCUGCAGAAGACCUUCAGUUUCAUGGACCACAACAUGAUAGAAGAGCUUUCUGCAUUCUUCAAUCUCAGUCAGCCAACAAGGACCCAGGAAGAGACCUUCUUACGCAGGUUUUGGAACAGCAAUUUCAAGUGUGAGUGGGCAACCAGUUGGGCAUUACUAAGAAAGCUGAAGAAAAUUCAGUUUUGUGCAGGAGCAAGUCAGAAGAGUACAAACAUCCCUUUCUUGACAUUGAGUCAUGUGGGCAUGUUCUUUAAUACCUAUGAGGCUGUGUACAGUGUGGCACAUGCACUUCAUACCAUGAAGCUGGAUGAUGACCCCUUGAGGACAGUGAGUCCUGCUGAGGUUCAAAGAUCCCAUCAGCCUUGGCAGCUCCUGCCAUACUUUAGGAAAGUCCACUUUACAACUUCUCAUGGAAAAGAAAUUCUCUUUGAUGCCAACGGAGAUAUACCAGCUAAGUAUGAAGUUCUUUAUGGAAAAGAACUUCCAGAACAUUCCUUUCAGCUUGUGAGUAUUGGCCAUGUUUAUGUCAACACCUUAUCAAAGACAAGGAUAGUCAUCAACAAGAGUGCCCUUGGAUGGCUGGGAGGGCUGAUGCAGCUUCCUCGCUCCGUUUGCAGUGAGAGCUGCCCUCCUGGGUCCAGCCAAGUCCCACGGCAAGGCUGGCCUCACUGCUGCUUUGAGUGCAGCCCCUGCCCAGCAGGACACUUUGCAGAUAGAACAGAUAUGGAACAGUGCACACUCUGCCCUGAAGGCCACUACCCAGACAAGAAAAGGGAGCACUGCCUUCCCAAAGAGGAGGCCUUCCUGGCCUUCAAUGAGCCCUUAGGCCUGGUUCUGGCAUGUGUGGCCUUGUCCCUGUCAGCCCUCUCGGUGCUGGUCCUUGUGGUGUUUGUGUGGCACCGGGACACCCCCAUAGUGAAGGCCAACAACCGGACCCUGAGCUACACCCUCCUGGUGUCCCUCACAUUCUGCUUCCUCUGCUCCUUGCUAUUUCUUGGCCGCCCCUCCCCUGCCACCUGCCUCCUCCGACAGGUCACAUUUGCACUUGGGUUCACUGUGGCCGUGUCCUCUGUUUUGGCCAAGACGCUCACUGUGGUCAUGGCCUUCCAGAUGACAAGGCCAGCAAGCAGGGCCAGAAGGUGGCUGGGUCCCCAGAACACACAUUCUAUCGUGCUCCUUUGCUCCCUCAUCCAAGUGACCCUCUGUGGGAUCUGGCUGGGGACUUCUCCUCCCUUUCCAGCUGAGGACCCAUGGGCCAUGCCCAGCCACAUCUUCCUCCAGUGUGACAAGGGCUCUAUCACUGCUUUCUACUGUGUCUUGGGCUAUCUGGGCUUCUUGGUCCUGGGCACCUUUGCUGUUGCCUUCCUGGCGAGAAACCUGCCUGAUGCCUUCAAUGAGGCCAAGUUCCUCACCUUCAGUAUGCUGGUGUCCUGCAGUGUCUGGGUGGCCUUCCUCCCCAGCUACCAUAGCAUCCAGGGCAAAGCCUUGGUGGCCGUGGAGGUCUUCUCCAUUGUGGCCUCCAGCGCUGGGCUGCUUGGCUGCAUCUUUGCUCCCAAGUGCUAUGUGAUCCUCCUUCAUCCAGAAAGGAAUACCAUCCAGGCUUUAAAGAGGAAGACUGAGAAAUCACUCCCAGAAGGACUCCAUGAUACAUGAAUUGCAUAGAGCACUGGUUCUCAACCUUCCUAAUGCCGCAACCCUUUAAUACAGUUCCUGUGGGUGUUAAGAACUGCUGGCAUAGAGGGACUCAGAUGCUUAUUCAUGGUAUGGAAUUUGUACAAGAAUUGUGUAAAGCACUCCUGAAAAUCAAUACAACUUAAACAAACAAUCUGAGAAAAUACAGCAAUGAGAUAUUGCUAAAUUACAGAAGUAAAUUUUCAUAAGCAAAACCUGAUUAUCCAAUGAGUAAGAAGUUGGGUAAGGCAUGCCUGUAAAUCAAUAAAAUUUUAAAAAUCUGAGAAGCAGCAGCAAUGAGAUAUAGACAGGUACUUUGAGAAGCAAAAUCUGAUUAAGUAUUAAAUAAGAAUAAGAUGAUAAGCCUAAUUAGUAAUGAAAAAUGCAAAGUUAAACAACCAUGAAAUACCUUGUUACUUAGUGCAAUAGCAAAAGUUGAAUACACAUUAUUGCUAAAUAUUGCAACUAGCAAAGUUUAAAUGAAUGUAUACGGUGUUAUAUCUUUGGGGCAAGAAACAUAGGAACAAUACCCAAAAAAGGUUAUUUCUAGGGCAUACAUGAGAACGAGAUAGGAAUGAAACCUACCUUUGUCUUUCUUUUUUUUCUGCAGUUUCUGGCUGGGGCUGGGUUUGAACCCGCCACCUCUGGCAUAUGGGGCCGGCGCCCUACUCCUCUGAGCCACAUGCGCUGCCCCCUCCCUUUGUCUUUUUAUGUAAGUGUGACUUUUGAACCAUAUGGAGAUUGUACAUAUUCAAAAAUGAAAACAAUGGAGAAGGGAGUGGAACACAAUUCAUAUGAAAACCAGGAGAAACAUAUAGAUCUAACUUUAUAAGAAACUGGUAAUCCUAGGAUCAUUUAAGUAUCUUCUGAAGUUAGUUUAUUGACUUUACACACUUAAAUAACUGACACAUAAAAUGAAAUGUGAAUGAAGAGUUCAAGUCUAGCCUGGUCAACACAACAACACCCCUUCUCUAAAAUUAAACUAAAUUUCUUUUUCAGAACUAUGACUAAAUAAUGAAUUUUAGGCAGUGCCCACAGCUCAGUGGGUAGGGCGCUGGGCACAUACACUAAAGCUGGCAGGUUUGAACCUAGCCCAGGCCAGCUAAACAACAAUGACAACUGCAACAAAAAAUAGCCGGGCAUUGUGGCACGCACCUGUAGUCCCAGCUACUCAGGAGACUGAGGCAAGAGAAUCACUUAAGCCCAAGAGUUUGAGGUUGCUGUGAGUUGUGAUGUCAUAGCACUCUAUCAAGGGCAACAUAAUGAGACUGUCUCAAAAAAAAAAAAAAAAAAAAUAUAUAUAUAUAUAUAUAGAAUUUUAAUAGCAUUAGUUGGUAAUGUCAUUGGUGAAGUAAUUUUAGAACUGUUUUGUUUGUAUUUGUAGAACAGAACAGAUGAGUAGAUACAUUUUAGGAAGUGAAGGUUCAAUGCAGUAUGAACUACACACAUGCAGGGAACAGGGGAGGUGAGGAGGAAGCAUGUGGUGUCUGAGUUUGUGAUUCUGGUAUGAACUCUUGAUCUAUGUUUCAAUGCCUAGGAGAAAAUAUUUACAAUUACCAUUCCACACUAUAUAAAAGCAAGGUUUCUUGGAGAAACAUGGUGGAUUCAAAGGCCAGAACAGAGAAAUUGUGAUGUGAAAUUUGAGUAUUUUCUUGUGUUGAAAGCAAAGAAGUACCCCACAUCUGGCAGUAAAGCCAACUGUUCAACCUAAGGAGAUCCCUUUGCUGAAGUUUAAAUACUAUACAGUGAUCCCUCAUAAUACAGAAAUAAAGAAUCCCUGAUGACGUACAGAUACCACAAAAGGAUGUAGAGGAGGUGGGAGAAAGAAAAGUUCUCUUUUACAGUAUAUCCUCUAACUUGAGAGAAACAAAUUAGAAAGUCCCCAUUUUGCAAACCCCAAUGGAAUAAAUAAUUCAGGAAGUAAUCAUGAAAGGAGACACUCAGGCGGAAGUUAAUGAGAACUAGGAUGUCCGUAUGUUUCCACAAUCCCUGUCUUGAGGUCUUGGUAUUUGUUCUCUGUGUGGGUGAAGCCCCUGUGUCUGGUGUGAGCCCUUGGAGCUGAGACCUGGGCACAGAGAGAAUUUAUAGUCUGAAGUAAAAGGUUAAGACGAUCUAUGUGUGAAUGAGGCAUUCAUAUGGGUGAAGGGGGCUAGGCAUUGAAUUAUUCCUCCAGUGGAUCACAUGUGUCCAGACUGAGAACCACUGGGUGUGCAAAAUUUAUUUUAAGGAUAAAACUUUAUUGUACUUCCCAAAAUGGAAAACCAGUUUGGCCAUAAAGAGAAGAGAGUAAUAACAGUAGAUAUAAUAGCGAUAUACUGAAUUUAAAAGAGAUUGGUUAGUUUGAGCUGUUACAGAUAUGCUUACUUAUUCAAAAAUGAGAAAGACUGAGCGAGAACUGCGAAAGGAAUGGCUUCCCAACCUGUGAUUCAGUGGUGCCAGUGCCUUAUCCUUCCAUGGUGUGCACCCAGUGGGGUCCUGAGUUGGUUCAUUCCUUUUCUCUCAGAGACCCAGCAAAGGCAACAAACAGAACGUGGCCUGAUUUUACAGCACAAUUGAGAUAACAAAUAUUUAUAAGCAGUGGUUGAAGGGAGGCCUACAUCUAAGAAGAAAAAGAUAUUAUAGAGGCAAGCCACUGUGGCUCACAACUGUAAUCCUAGAAUUCUGAGAGUGUGAGGUGGGAGGAUUGCUUCUGCUUAGGAGUUCAAGACCUGAAUAAGCAAGAGUGAGACUCUGUCUCUACUGAACAUAGAAAAAUUAGCUGGGUGUUGUGGUAGGAGCCUGUAUUCUCAGCUACUUGGGAGGUUAAGGCAAGAGGAUUGCUUGAACCCAGGUGUUUGAGGUUGCUAUGAGCUAGCCUGAUGUCAUGGAACUCUAGCAUGGGUGACAGAGGGAGACUGUAUCUCAAAAGAAAACAGAACAAAAAACAAAACCCCAAACAAACCAAAAGAAAAAAUACAGUAGAACCUUUAUAGCUGACCACCUCCCCACACUGACCCCCUCCUUAAGUUGACCUAAUUUUCAUAGACAAGACAUGGAGCACAUGUAGGUGUCAGUACAGUAGACCUAGUUCCUUAUGUUGAUCAGUUUGUUACAGUCCCUUGGGUGGUCAGUUUAAAGAGAUUCUACUGUUUUGGUGGAGUAGUUAAAAGGCACUCCAUUGUGGUUACUAAUCCACCAUGUUGACUUCUGAUUAAUCCCAGUCUCAGGAGUGCCUCCAAGAUUUCUACUUCAUUUACUGUUCCUUGUGUAAACCAAAAGAACCUUGAUAUUUCAUAGACUAGUACUUACCAUAAACACUGCCUUUAGGAAAAUGAUAGGCUAUGACAAAAAUAGAGCAUUCUUGUCUACCUUUGAAGGUCAACUCUGAAUGUCCUGCACGUUCGUUCUGCAGCCCAUAUACUCUUUCCUUAUGGUAUGCAAGGUCUGGGUCUUGGGGGUAGUGGUACAGAAGAAAUCUACCUGUCUUGUGGCUGCCCAAGCCCACAAUUCUGUCCAUAAGUUCCCUAAUAAACCACCCUCUACCAACAAGUUGGAUAUGUCUACCUUGUUCUUUGGUUUCUCAGCAAUUUGUGCAUUUGCAGGUUGCUUUGUGUAUACAACCCUUUCACGAAAUAAUCAUCAGAAAGUGAAGGUGCUAGGUGUGGUGAGGUCUCUGGAGACACUAACCUAUUGACUGCAACUUUAUCAUGAAAAGCAACCUCAAAGUUCAACUGUGCACCCCUUGGUUAUGUUACAGAUGGUGCAGUGCUGUAUCAGAGAGCUUGCCUGAGUUCCCCAAGGAACAUCAGGGGCAAUGCUUAUACCAGAAGGUAAAAUUAAAAGCCCAUCCCCAUCAUUUCUCACUUGAGGAAACUCUAGCCUCAAUACAGGAUAGCUGACUAGGGUCACACAGCCAUCAACAUGACAAGGGAAGGUUUCUGGAAUCCCAAUGUCUCACCACCAAAUCCUGUGGCAUUCCUCAGUGAGAACAAAGGCAUAAAUUGUAUGUGCAAAAUAAAGUCCUGUUAGGGGUCACACAAUCCAAUUUGCAGAUCAACGGAGGCCCGGGAGGAAGUAGAAUGACUUAUCCCCCAACAAAGAUGAUGACUGGAUGUUAUCAGAGCUGGGAUCACCGUGUGCCCUCCACUAUUCUCAGGCUCUCUGAAUCCUCAAUGAAACCCUACAGAGAUAAAUGCCAAUGUCCUCGUUUUGCAGAUGGAGAAACUGAGGCACAGAGCGUGUGUAUCUUGCCCUAGGCCCCCAAACAGGAGGCAGAACAGGGGCUUCAAACAUCAUUUCACAAAAAGGGAAACCAAGGUACAGAGAGG